UAUAUAAAGACCUCCUCGUCGCCAUGGCUACCACCUCAUCACAAGCCUGCAAGUCAGGUAGCUAAGCUAGCGAGCGCUACUGUCACACAUUGCCACACUCAACCAGUAGUACGUGUCGAGAAGCUAGCGUACGUAGCAGCAAUGGCGAGAGUGCUCGUGGUCGCGGCCAUGGCCGCCGUGCUUGUUGUAGUCGGGCUGCUGGCCGUGGCGCCGGCGCCGGCGAGCGCGAUCGACUUCGGGGAGGAGGACCUGGCGUCGGAGGAGGCGCUGUGGUCGCUGUACGAGCGCUGGCGCGGGCGCCACGCGGUGGCCAGGGACCUGGGCGAGAAGGCGCGGCGGUUCAACGUGUUCAAGGAGAACGUGCGGCUCAUCCACGAGUUCAACAGGGGGGACGCGCCCUACAAGCUGCGCCUCAACCGCUUCGGCGACAUGACCGCCGACGAGUUCCGCCGCGCCUACGCCGGAUCCAGGGUCGCCCACCACCGCAUGUUCCGCGGCGAGAGGUCCUCCAAGGGAGGGUUCGCGUACGCCGGCGCGCGCGACCUCCCGCCAUCCGUCGACUGGCGCCAGAAGGGCGCCGUCACCGACGUCAAGGACCAGGGCCAGUGCGGUAGCUGCUGGGCGUUCUCGACGAUCGCGGCGGUGGAGGGCAUCAACGCGAUCAAGACGAAGAACCUGACGUCGCUUUCGGAGCAGCAGCUGGUGGACUGCGACACCAAGGCCAACGCGGGGUGCGACGGCGGCCUCAUGGACUACGCCUUCCAGUACAUCGCCAAGCACGGCGGGGUCGCCGCCGAGGACGCCUAUCCGUACAAGGCCAGGCAGAGCUCGUGCAAGAAGUCCAGCACCCCGAUCGUGAGCAUCGACGGGUACGAGGACGUGCCGGCGAACGACGAGUCGGCGCUGAAGAAGGCGGUGGCGCACCAGCCGGUGUCCGUGGCGAUCGAGGCCAGCGGGUCGCACUUCCAGUUCUACUCGGAGGGCGUGUUCGCAGGCAAGUGCGGGACGGAGCUGGACCACGGCGUGACGGCGGUCGGCUACGGGGUGACCGCCGACGGCACCAAGUACUGGGUGGUGAAGAACUCGUGGGGCCCCGAGUGGGGGGAGAAGGGGUACAUCCGCAUGGCGCGCGACGUGGCCGCCAAGGAGGGGCUCUGCGGCAUCGCCAUGGAGCCGUCGUACCCCAUCAAGACCUCGCCCAACCCCAAGGUCCACGCCGUCGUCCAGGACGAGGCCGAGCACGACGAGCUCUGAAUUUAUCUGCAGCUUACGUCCAGUACACCGUGCAUGCAUGCAUGCAUGCAUGUAAUACAUACACUGGAUCGAUUUAUCUGCAACUUAUUACUCUACGAUAUGAGUGAAAUCCGUACGUAUAUGGUUACAGGCAUGAAUGCUGACAUAUGACAGGACUAUACAUGUAUUCAUUACGAAUUUGAAAUGUCAAAUUUGCCAUUGUACGUACACUGUGUCAGCUUUUUU